AGCAUAUCUUUAGGAAUAUUGUUUCCUAUCUUAUAAGCGUAGGUUUUGUAUAAAUACUCUACCUAUUGAUGAAUAAUAAUGAGGCUAUUCAUUCUAUCUUCUCCCUAAUUUAUCAAAAUGGCAUGCUGUUAGUCAAUUCUAAUGAGUACACUUUUUAAUCAAGUCUUUCUUUUUUAUUUUAUUUUUUUUUCCGCUCAAAAAUGAAGCUAGGCAUUUGGAUUUUAUACGCAAAUAUUUAAAACAUAUCAACCUAUAUAUAUCGUCAUACAAUCAAUGAUAAUAUGGUAAAUACUACUUGUAUUUGUUGUAUGAGCAAACUAACUUAUAUUAAAGUUGUUUAUCAAAAUUAAAGGUACAAAGCCAUAUUUUCAUAAUGUUUCUCACUUCUAUUGAAUAAUUAUUGUAUAACAAAACUUAAAAAAAAAAAAAAAAAAGAGAGAGAGAGAGUGAGUGAAAAAAAUGUUUGUUAAAAGACAGUCAUGACACUUUCUUUGAGUUGUAUUUUAGUAUACAUGAGCGAAAAAAAUACUCCAUAAUUCAUAAAUAAUGUUGCUACUAUCAUUUGGCUUGCACAAGUUGUAUUAAAAUUUCAAAAUCUUUAUUGUUGAUAUGAUGAUUUAGGUAUAAAUGUACAAUGAUUUCAUAAAAUGCUCCUUAUAUUACUCCGGUCUAGUGUGAAUUAGAUAAGUCUAAAAACAUAAUUUCAGUUAAAGUCUGAAUUCGUCACGAAAAAGUCAGAAAAAUUAUUGAAGGAGUGGAGAAUUGGAUCUAUGGCUUAUGCAAACAUAUUUUUUAUUUUUAUUGGAUUGUUCCCAAAAAAAAAUAAAAAAAAAUUAUAUUGGAUCUUUAGCUUUCCAAAUGGGCCUCAAGCCCUCAUCACGGAGUACUACUCUAACGGCUAAAUUCAAAUUCUCACUUUCCUCUUCCUCUCCCCCUCCCCCUCCCCUCAUCCCAAAGCUCUGUAACAGAGCAAAAAUGGCGAGCACUAAUCCUAACGAUCUCUUCUCAUCUCUAAUCUCCGACAUUAAAUCUUACUCCGGCAACGACCCUCUUCUUCCAUGGAUCAGCGGAGUUCGAAAAAUGAAGAACAUCUUACCACCCCAUCUCCUCAAAGAAAAACUCCCUCGAUUCCUUCAAAAGUGCGCUCAGACUUUCGAUUCGAACCGCCGGUAUCGCAAUGAUCUCCGAUACCUCCGUAUUUGGUUGCAAUUGAUGGAUUUUGUUGAUGAUCCGAAGGCGUUGUUAAGGACUAUGGAGAUGAAAAAAAUUGGGACUAAGAGGGCUUUGUUUUACCAGGCUUAUGCGCUUUAUUAUGAGAAGAUUAAGAAAUUUGAUGAUGCUGAGAAAUUAUAUCAUUUGGGGGUUCAAAACCUUGCAGAACCUUUAGAUGAAUUGCAGAAAUCAUAUGAGCAGUUUAUUCAACGCAUGAAGCGACACAGGAACAAGAGAGUUCAGCGUGAGGAGAGGAGAACUAAGAGACCUCUGUCUGAUCAUAAUACCACUGACCAAGGUUGUAGCAUUUUGGAGAAUAAUGAAAGACUAUGCAGAGUUAUUGGAAGUUCCAUUGAGAGAGAGCAUACUAAUUCUAGGAACAUAUUUACAGAAUGUCCUCAGAAUACGAUGCCACUAAAUGAAGCAAAGGAAAAUGCUGGUAGCAAGUUGUACCGAGAUGAUUCUGUUGUGGCCAAGUUUGUAGAUUCUGCAAUUGUUGGAAGGUCUGAAGCAGAAGAUGCCUGUCACCAUGGCCUGGUAGAACCUACCAUAAACAUGAAAGAGGCCAUGAAUGCCAUAAAUAGCAUGUUCAAAGAACCCAUUGAGCCUGCAAAUUUUGUUCGAAAAACAUAUAGAGGGCAACACAAAGUAGAUCAGAGCACAAGUAAUGUACUUGAGGUGUUUAUAGAUGAAAAUUCGGAUAAUAAGGUUGGAUCAACUUGUCAAAGUGACAAGGAAAAAUUUAUAGCGCAAAUAAAUAAAGCUGAUCAGCCUCCCCAAGAACCACUCAAGAUCUUUGUUGAUGAUGAGAUGAGCAAUGAUUCUGAACCAAGUGAGACCCAAACGUCAGCAGAUGACUCCCCGUCAUCCUCUUCCAGGGUUGAUGCAUUUGUGUUUCUUAGGCCUCAAGAUCAUCAGUCAGAGUCUUCUAAUGAGAUGAAAGUGGAUAAAUCAUCCAGAAAGACCAGAACCAAAUUUAGGGAGGACACAGUUGUUCGUAGAUUUGUUGGUUCAGCUAUUCUUGAUGAACCAGAGGUGGAAAAUAUCUGCCACCAUGGCUUGGUGGAUCCGACAGUGAACCUUAAAGAAGCUAUGGAAGAUAUAAAUGGCAUGUUUGGGAAGCCAAUUGAUUUUGUCAGAACCACCAGAAGGAAAAGGCAGGAAAAAGCAGCCGUGUCAGAAAAUAAUGAUUUUGGUGGGUUUUCAAUUCUUGCUGAUGAUGAAUUCAAUCAUUCGGAAGGUCCGCAACCUCCAAGAAAAUCUUCAAGCAAAGAUAAUCUUGACUUACAUGAGCCAACCAUCUUCACAAAAGAAGCUAUGGAUGAUAUAAAUGACCUCUUUAAGAUGCCAUUGGAUUUUUAGGUAUGAUACUUGUAUUGCUUCUUUUUGUGGGGCAAACAAAAUUUGAUGUUGUAUUGUGUAUUUGUGUACCAUUGCUUAACUUUUGCCUCUAGUGUUGCCUUCCGCUAAUAGUCAAAUUGUAAACCAAUGGAUUUAUCUUCUGUUCUACCCUUUUAUUUGUAAUUUAUUUGUAAUUAGUUAACUAUGUGGAUCUACUUCACAAAAUUCAGCACCUCUGUUUGUUGUUUAAGAUCAUCAGAAAUAUAUCAAGGCAAAGAGAAAUGCUAUUUCUGACUGCUGAGUUAAGAAAAUGUUAAUGCUUAGUAUUCAUGAACAUACAAAAUGGCUCUCAUAUUUAGACAAGAA